AUGUCUGCUCACAUCAGCGCUCCAGUCCUUACCGCCAACUCUCUCGUGAAACGAGAGGUUUUCAGUCUCCCAGACCCAUUCGCUGUCGUCUCCGUUGACGCCGAUCAAACAUACACCACCAGCCCUGUCAAAAAGAGCCUCAGCCCAACGUGGAACCAGCACUUUGAUAUCACCGUUCGGCCAUCUUCUACCAUCACAAUCCAGAUAUUUGACCAAAAGAGGUUCAGAAAGCGAGAUCAAGGUUUCUUAGGCCGUGUCGAGCUUACAGGUCAAGAGGCAAUAGACCACACGGCCAACGGGCUUAUCACUCGUGACCUUCGCCAGUCUUCCACUGGAGCAUCGGUUUACGGGAAGAUGCUAUUUUCGUUCUCGCUUCCGCCAUCAACGAAUGCUCCGUCGGAUGCCGGACAGAGCAACUUAUCACCUAGUGUAUUAUCAAGCCGGCUGCGUUCCCGUCAGAGCACACCCAUGCUUCGCACCGAACUCUCGACAAGAAUACCUGCUCUUCCUCGUGUCCCUUCUCUCAGUCCCCUUCUUAAUCGCCGACGUUCAAGUUCCAACGCGGAGUCUCCAGCCUCAUCAGAUAGUGCAUCAACACCAACUAGACCUAUAGGUAUUGCGCGCGAGCCAUCUCUUGCAGAACAGUCUACUUGCAGCACCACGGAAGAUGAUAACGCAGCAUCCCUCCCUCGAGGUUGGGAGCGUCGUCUUGACGAACGCAGCGGUCGAGUCUAUUACGUUGACCAUAAUAGAAGGAUGACCACAUGGGCACAGCCUGUAGCUGCACCCUCUGAGCCUUCUGUCCGUGCUCCACCAAUCCCCGUGCCCCAACCUCAAGUCCAGAAUUCUACCCGCAGCAGCGGUGGUUACGUGGACGUACCCCUACCAGCAGGGUGGGAAGAGCGUCGAACGCCGGAAGGGCGUCCCUACUUCGUUGACCAUCAUACACGCCUGACGACAUGGAUAGACCCACGUACGGUACAGGUCGCUGCCUCCGCUAUCUCCCAGUCCACGAGCGCAAAUGCGAAUAUGGGUCCUCUAUCAUCAGGUUGGGAGAUGCGCCUCACCUCCACCGGCCGAGUGUACUUUGUCGAUCACAACACCCGUACCACAACCUGGGAUGAUCCAAGACUGCCCUCGAAUCUGGAUUCCAAUGCCCCUCAGUACAAGCGUGAUUACAGAAGAAAGGUGAUCUACUUCCGCAGUCAACCAGCGAUAAACUUGAAGGACGGCAAGUGCGAACUGAAGCUUCGGAGGAGUCGAGUCUUGGAUGACAGUUUCGCUGCUGUCAUGAGAAUGAGCGGGAAUGAGCUGAAGAGGAGACUCGUGAUCAAAUUUGAAGGAGAAGAUGGCUUGGAUUAUGGAGGUGUCUCGAGGGAGUGGUUCUUCCUAGUCUCGCAUGAGAUCUUCGACCCAUCCUAUGGCUUGUUCCAAUACUCUGCACACGACAAUUACACUCUCCAGAUGAACUGGAUGUCAGGCAUUAAUCCUGAGCAUCUCACCUACUUCAAAUUUAUUGGGCGAUGUCUUGGGCUUGCCAUAUUCCACAGGCGGUUCCUUGAUGCCUACUUCGUGCCGAGUUUCUACAAGAUGAUCCUCGGAAAGAAGUCAACGUUGGCUGAUCUCGAAGGCGUCGACGCGGACCUUCACCGUAGCCUACUCUGGAUGCUGGAAAAUGACAUCACCGAUGUCUUGGACGAAACGUUCACUUCUACGGAAGACCGCUUUGGCGAGAUCGUAGAAGUCGAAUUGAGGCCCGGAGGAGCUAAUAUACCCGUCACCGAAGAUAACAAGAGAGAGUAUGUGGAAGCCGUUGUGGAAUACCGUACCAAGACAAGGGUCCGGGAACAAUCACAAGCCUUCAUGCAAGGCUUCCAGGAGAUCAUACCUCAAGACUUGAUCGAACUCUUUGACGAGCGAGAACUGGAGCUCCUUAUUGGAGGAAUGUCCGAGAUCGACACCGACGACUGGAUCCAAUAUACCGAUUACCGCGGAUACGAAAAGACGGAUAAAGUCAUCGAGUGGUUCUGGCAAUGCAUCCGCAGCUGGCCUCCAGAACGCAAAUCCCGUUUACUUCAAUUUGCGACGGGAACUUCUAGGGUACCUGUCAACGGUUUCAAAGACUUACAAGGUUCGGAUGGGCCUCGGAGGUUCACCAUCGACAAAUCCGGCGAUCCGUCUCAGCUCCCGAGGAGCCACACGUGUUUCAAUAGGAUCGAGUUGCCUCCUUAUGAAAAUUACGAGAGCCUCGAGAAGAAGCUGACGUAUGCUAUUGAGGAGACGGAAGGAUUUGGUGUAGAAUAA